UUUCAUUUGUUAUCUGUUAUUUUACAUCUGUCAUUUACAAUUCGUUUUUAAUGGUUAUGAAAAUUUAAGGCAUAUAUAUAUAUGUAAAUAUAUGAAUAUAUCUUCAAAGAAAAACUUCAUAGUUGCAGCAUUAAAAUUAUCUUUAGUUUCAACAUGAUACACGUAAAUAAAACAUCUCCAUCAACAAGCAAAACUAACCAUAAAAAGUCAGGAACUACAAAAAGCCGAAAGCAUACAAAAUCAACAUCUUCGGAUAAUCAAGAUGAUGUGAAACGAGACAACGAUUCAACAGAAGGACAAUUCGCGGUUUUUAAAAGUGAUACAAUUGAAUGCUUUGCUGAACAAUUUUUAUAUUCGGAUGAUCUGAAACUUUCUUCAGAAUUUUGUGCUAGACUUGCUGAUGAUGCCACUUAUAAAUUAUAUGAAUUAGUUCAUAAUAUAAAAACAUAUGCACACCCCACAGGUGGGGUUGUGACAACUGAUAUAGUUAAUGAUGCUAUAAGAUCUUCUGAUGUUCCAGCUGUGUUGGGAUCGUCCAAACCAUUUUAUGAAAAUAUAGGUUUUGAAAAGGAUACAGAACCCCAUUAUUUUGUGAAAGAUCAUAUAAUCGAUAUUUUGAAUGAGAUACAAAAGGAAAUCAUCUUUGAACAAACUAGUCAAUUGGGAUUGAAAGUAAAUUAUUUUCAAAUGCAACAGGAUACUGCUUUAAUACAAACAUUUUACACAAAAAUUAGCAGAGGCCUAUUAUCUGGUUCUACUAAAACACUGAAAAGAAUGCUUACAUACAUUAAGAACAGUAGAACAGUUUGAACCUAUUCUUCCAAAUUUAUUAAUUUUAUGUGCUUUAGUGCUGAAAAACUAUUUACAAAUAUUGACAAACG